UGAGUCUCAGCUGAGUCUCGCUUUUAAUUCGAUUCAUUCGGUUCUCCAAGCUUACAUUGACAACACAUCAUGUAUACCAAAAGCUUGAUUGUCAUCUUUACAUUAAUUGUUAUCACCACAGCUGAAGUUGUGCAUCACCAAAAUUGCCAUUAUCCUGAAGGUACGAAAAUAAAUUGUACAAUUCACGAAGUUCGUGUAAAUCCAUGCAAAGAAGCUGAACAUCAUAAACCAUGUCGAAUUAAGAGAGGUGAAAAUGCGAGCAUUUCCUUUGAUUACACUGCAUACUUUCAUGGGGAUUCUUUGGAAAGCCGAGCUUACUGGGCUAAUCAAGUGAUCGAUUUACCCUUUCUCGGGAUGGAAACAAACGCUUGCGCGACUACCACUUGCCCAGUUCAAUCAGGGCAAAAACAAACUUAUACCAUCACUCUACCAAUCGCUAAAACAUACCCAGCGAGAACAUUUGACGUUAAAUGGAAAUUGUGGAAUCCUCAAGAACAAGAAUGCUGUUUCAUCUUCCAGAUAAAAUUACAUAAAUAAAAAU